GGUGAUGACAGCCAUGGGGGCAGCAUCCUUAGGGACGAAGCGGGUCCAUUCUUGGCUAUCAUGCAAGGAGGAGGGGAAUGAUGCCAAGGACGUGAAGGCGGGGAUUGUCGCCCCGUGGGGACACAUAUCAUCGCCCCCGCCGUCCAUUGCUGUCCUUGACCGGGGCACAAAUGCUGGAUCACAGUGAGAAGACCCCGUCCCCAUCGACCACCGAGAUGUCACACACGCGGAUCGCGCCGAUGAGUCGGACGACGCAGCAAUUAUGUUUGACGCUGUGCGGCAGGCUUUGGAACGGUCGGCGGGUGAUAACGACCACGGCAAGGAGCAGCACAAUGCCGUCGAGGUGGGGACCACAAGGAUGACGUCAUCACGUAAUAUGUUCCCGGGGGCAGGGAAACGACGUAGAAGGAUGUUGGCUAUGGAGGAGAAGAGGAGGAGGAUGAACACGAGAGAUGAUGACCUCCAAAGUGAAAAUGAGGGGAAAGAAGCAUGGUUAUCAUCACCACGACAGAGGGUGCUGGAAGAAGAUGGGGGUAGCAUGGCGGCUUUAUUUGUAAACGUCACCGAUGCAUUGUCCCUGUUGAGGGAAAUGAGAGACAUGUCGACGGGCGCUCCGUCAAAAACGAUCGUACUGUUGCAGAAUGUCUCUUAUCAGGGUCGGUCUGUUUUGGGUCUCACACUAGAUAGCUCCACUCAGGUGGUCUUGAGAGGCGAGUGCGGGGGGGAGCGAUGUGUUAUCGAUGGCGGCUCGGAUGAGUCCCGCUGCUUGUACUACAACGGAUUUAACGCUUCUGGCUCCCUCCUUAUGGCUGACCUGGAGUUCAGGAACCUGUGUUUCGAGUUCUUUCAGCCCAAGGUGGAAAUCCACAACUGUGUCUUUCGCGACAGCAGUGGGAUCCGGAUGAUGUUCCAUCCCAACUUGACAGAGGAUCGUUCCACUUCUACUAAGCAGCUGGCAAUCCACGAGUGCUACUUCACCAACAUCCAAAACGGUUUAAUUCUGGAGGAAUUACCAGCGACUGCUUGCAUUUCGCACUCGGUGUUCGCCUCGGGAGAAAGAAAUGAGAGCGUGCUCACUGUGCGGACGACUGCUUUCUUCCAGGAGAAAAACCUCACUGUCUUCAACUGCACCUUCCGCAGCGCCACGUGGCCCAUCGGUACGAUGGGACCCGUCCGGGUAGAAUCGGCAAAGCUAACUUCUUCCCAAGGAGAUUCUUCGCCAACAGAGGUGCCGAGGUAUUCCCUACCGGCAGAUGCCACCCAACUUCCAUCAUACAACAGCACAGUGUCGUUCAUCAACUGCACUUUUCUCAAAGGGAACUCCUGGAAAGAGGCGGUGUCCGUCAUCACGAAUCACUCGGAGCCAUUCUACUCCAUCCUGCCAUAUCGCAACGUUAGAUUAUGUUCCGUACGAUUCGAUGUGACAGAUGAAAAGAGUGCAGACGGGGCAGACGUAGCUGAGCGGGCUUUUGACGACUUCAAAACAAAUAUAGAGAUCUGCCCGUGGCUUGGGGUGGGGGCGAGGGAGGUGAUCAUGCUGGAGAGCCAAAGCACUCCGACAACCACUCGCCCGGGUACGGCGAUAUCAGCGAUGAGUAUGGACCGCAUCAACGGUAGUUCCACCGGAUGUAAGACCUGUGCGCGCCUUGAGAUGCCGGUGUGCAACAUCGUCGACAAGCCCGAUGGCGGUGAGAGACGUCCUCAGACUCAGAGUCUGUCCCCUGCCCCCAAACCUCCGCCGCCGCAGCCAAGGGGCAACUGGGUUCUGCCUUUGUCUCUCACCAUUGCAUUGGCUGUGGUGAUAAUUGUUGUGGCAGCUGGCCUAUUCUUGAGAAGGAGAAGGCCACCUUCAUGGAUUCGGCUUGGGGAUAAAUGUUCAAGAGGAGGGAUGGAGUCCAUGUCGGAGGAAGUGCUUCGGAUGCGGCAGUUCACUUGGAGGGAACUCAAAGAGGCGACACACAACUUCACGACCGUCAUUGGCAAAGGGGGGAGCGCCACUGUGUUUAAGGGAACCUUCCGAGGGACGAAGGAGAUGGUCGCAGUCAAAUCUCUCAAGCAAGACCAAUGGCGGAACGAGAAAGAGUUUUUGCACGAGGUGGGUAUUUUAGGGAGAAUAUCUCAUAGAAACCUUGUGCGUCUGCUCGGCUUCUGCAACCAGAAGGGAACUUACUUUCUCGUCUUCGAGCUUGUCCCUCGAGGGACUCUCAAGGACCACCUUUACUUGAAGCAACCAUCCCUAUCCUUGUCCGACUCGGAGGGAAAAGGAAAUGCCAAUGACACAUUAGCGGCGGCAGAAAGAUCGUGUCUUGAUUGGCCUACGAGGAUGCGUAUAGCCGCCGAGGUGGCCAGCGCUUUGGAGUACCUCCACCACCUGCUCAUGCCUCCGCUUGUGCAUCGGGAUAUCAAGCCGGAGAACAUACUGCUUCUCGACGAUUUCACACCCAAGGUCUCGGAUUUUGGACUCUGUCGGAAGUUCGACCGGACAGGGGAAAGCUUGGAGACGGUGCCCGCCGGAACCGUAGGAUACAUGGCGCCAGAAAUAUACGACGGGCUGAGUGUGACGGAGAAGGUGGAUGUCUACAGCUAUGGUGUCUUGGUGCUGGAGAUAGUCACAGGAAGGCGGCCAUUCGGCGGCGAAGGGUUCUCGUUGGUCAACUGGGUCAGAGAUGUGGCCACGGAUGAGAAAGCAGCAGAGGCUGUGGCGGACCCGCAGCUGCAAGGCAAUUUCAACUCCACUCAGCUUUACUUGAUGACGAGGCUAGCGAGGAGAUGCGUGUGCCGAAGUGCAGAGCGCAGGCCGACAAUGGAGGAUGUCACCAGUGCAAUGGAGAGAAUACGGCAACUGGGACACCAGGUAGUCGAUGAAGGGGUGAGGCAGCUCUUGAGUGCCCUCGAGAAUGUGGAGAGGGAGAGUCAGGGGCUGAAUAUGGACGAAUCAGACCUGAACAUACCCGCAGGGAAGUAUACAGAGGAUACCCAGUGGAUGUCUGCGUUAUACGUGCCAAUGCGCAGGGGAUGAUGAGACGAGCCCAGCUCAUGCGGCAUGAAGUCAGAAACGAAAUAGGUGUAUAGUGGCAUAGGGACUCAUGUGCCUUAGACUCUGAAGAGGACAAACGGAAUAGAGGCAUACAUAUGAGGGGAAGGCAUAAAAGUGACAUGAAACAUGAAGCAUGAGGUCUGACCUGAAGCUGGUACCGGAUACAGGGCACAAAAAGGAUUGAAGCAGUACACAGGCAAAAGACAGUGGUGAGAAGGGGAAGAAUCAUCGGAAAAGGAAUUGGUGUUUUCCUCCCCAUAAGGAGGAAUCCCUGGCCAGGGGUGAGAUGGUUGAUGAGGCGAUUGGAUACCAAGGGGAGUCUCCCAGCCUCAGGGGGACCAUCCGCAGCCAUGGGUACUGCCCUUUUUAUGGCAGUGGUUUUUUUGUGUUCUCUUGUACUUUCUAUGCUUGUCGGUGAUAACCAACUAGACUGCUGCCCCCCAGAAAAAUAGACAGCGCACCCAUGUUAUCCAUCAAGAGCAUCAAGAUUUUCAUCAUUGUGAUUUCAGCGGGGGGUUUUCAUCAAGGACACCGUCAUUUUUGUAAUCCUCAUUUGGUUACCGGUGGUAAUCAUCAUCGGCUUCUCCAAUUCAUCAUCCAUGUUAUUUAUCUUCUUUUUAUCUUCUUCAUGAUCAUCAUCCGGACUUCUCUGUAAAAAUUGUAAUCAUCCUCAUCUUCUAUUUUCAUUACAGCAAUAGUGAGUUGUCAAUCUUCCACACCGAUGCCAUUAGGGCAUCGCAAGUCCGAUGUUCCUUACUUAUUUUCGCCAAUUUUAUUUCAUCAUCAUCAUCAUCAUCAUCAUCAUCUACCAAUCUGAAUCUUUAUCAUCAUCAUCAUCAUCAUCAUCAUCAUCAAUCAUCAUCAUCAUCACGGUUUCUUUAUUCAUUUUUUCAUCAAUCGGUAGUUAUCUCUGUGUUGGUGGUUAUAUUCUCAUCUCCCAGAUAGGCUAUGGUCUAGUUGGUAGGUAGGCUGGUCAGGAAGGGAGCGCUACUCCGCAAGGGUAACACAAGGUGGGAGGUGAUUGCCCUCCAGGGAGUAGACGCAGACGAUGGGAGCUGACCUGGGUUGGGGCUGGGAGAUAUGUAUGGGGCCACAUUAUCUC